AUGUCUCGUCUCCUUCGUCGUCUCUCUUUCUUGCUCCUCUUCCUCUACAUCUGCUACGCUGCUACUGCAGCUGAUGAUGAUGAUCAAGACUCGCUCAAGUUUGAGAACCCAAGGAUUGCCAAGGCUUACACCGCCCUCCAAGCAUGGAAGUCGGCCAUCUUCUCGGACCCUACCAACUUCACUUCCAACUGGAACGGGUCGGACGUCUGCUCCUACAUGGGAGUCUUCUGCACUGCUCUCCCCUCAGUCGGGCGUGUGGUCGCCGGCAUUGACCUCAACCACGCUGACAUUGCUGGCUACCUGCCUCCUGAGCUAGGCCUCCUCGCCGACCUCGCUCUCUUCCACAUCAACUCCAACCGCUUCUGCGGCGUCGUCCCCACCAGCUUUCGGCGACUGAAACUGCUCCACGAACUGGAUCUCAGCAACAACCGCUUUGUGGGCAACUUCCCCAAAGUGGUGCUCUCCUUGCCUUCCCUCAAGUACUUGGAUCUCCGUUUUAACGAGUUCGAAGGCUCCGUUCCUUCCCAGCUCUUCGACAAGGAUCUCGAUGCCAUUUUCCUCAACGACAACAGGUUCCGGAUGGGCAUCCCCCACAAUCUCGGCAACUCGCCCGUUUCGGUGCUUGUGUUGGCCAACAAUAAUCUUGGGGGUUGCAUUCCUGGUAGCAUCGGCAACAUGUGGAAGACUCUCAACGAGAUUAUUCUGUUGAAUGACAAUCUCACCGGUUGCUUGCCUCCCCAGAUCGGCCGCCUCCGGAAUCUCACCGUCUUUGAUGUGAGCUUCAACCAUCUUCAAGGGCCUCUGCCCUCCGCCUCCAUAGCCAAAAUGAAGAGCUUGGAGGAGCUCGACGUCGCCCAUAACAGAUUCACUGGUGUAAUACCGGCCAGCAUUUGUCAACUGCCAGCCUUGCGCAACUUCACCUAUUCCUUCAACUACUUCACCGGAGAGGCUCCUGCUUGCACCGCUACUCCUGUCUCUAAUAAUGGUACCAAGAACUGCAUUCCUGGCAAAUUGGAUCAAAGAUCUACGAGGGAAUGUGCCUCCCCGGCUGCCCGUCCCGUGGACUGCAGCAAGCUCAAAUGCGGAGGGGGAGGUGGCGGCGGCGGCUCUGUAAAAAAACCCAGCCCCAGCCCUCCUCCAUCGCCUCCUCAGAGGCCUCAUCAAAGAAUUCCUGUUCCUAAAGUUGCUUCUCCUCCACCCCCUCCAACUUCAAAGUCAUCGCCUUCCACUAGAUCACAUCCCCCACCUCCAAUAUCAACAUCAACAUCACCCCCGCCCACAGAGUCGACGCCUUUCCAUUCACCGCCUUCACCUCCUCCACCACCUACUGAAAAAGUAUCACCCCGGACUCAUCUUCCUGUUCCACCACCCCCACCUACCCAAAAGGUAUCACCAAGUACCCAUCUAGCUCCACCUCCCCCCAGUUCGACCCGUUUCAACCAUUCAUCCCCAGCACCAGCUGUACCACCGCCUGGUCAUCACUCUCAUAUGGUGCCUCCAUCACCUUCACCACCACCACCACCACCACCAAGUUAUCAUUCUUAUGCUUCACCACCACCACCGCCGCCCACACAACAGUCAACUCCUGCCCCACCAUCUCCACAACACUACUACUCACCUCAUCUCCCACCAACAGAAGCUCCAAGCUACCAACAUUCUUACAGUUCACCGCCACCGCCACCGCCUCCGCCACAUCACUCUUCCUAUGUCCCAUCUCCGCCAAACAAUCAUCAUAGUCCGGUUUACACUUCACCACCUCCACCUCCGCCCUCGGGCAAUGAACAUUAUACAAAAGCACCACCACCUUGGCACACUCCCGAGCAUUACUCACCACCCAAAACACACGCUAGUCCACCUCCCCCGCCGGGGGAUAUACAUUAUACCAAAGCACCACCACCGUGGCACACGCCCGAGCAUUAUUCACCACCCAAAACAGCUGCAAGUCCACCUCCAUCUUCCCCAUCAGCUCCUACUUCACCAUCCGAGCCAUCCCCUUCCCUCCCUCUGCCACCCACAGGUUGUAUCAUUCCAGCACCAAUUUCGCCACCUCCACCAAGCUAUCACCACUCACCUCCUCAACAUUGGCAUCAUCCUCCACCACCAUCAUGGUCGCAUCAACAAUCUCCUCCACAUGCUGAGCCCCCCAAGUUUGAUAACAACGCUCCGUUUCCACCAGUUAUAGGAGUCUCGUAUGCAUCUCCUCCUCCUCCUGCAAUUCCCUACUACUAAUUCCAUCAAUAUUGCUUAUUUAUUUUCUAUUUAACAUGUAUUAUUUGUAUGGAUGGAAAUGGAUAUAAUUUUUUUUAUAU